GUGUGCGGAUGGGGGCGCCGGCGCCGCGCCGCCCGCACUCAAGAUGGCCGCCAUCACCAUGCGGCUGCCGGUGGUCCGGCGGGCGGUGGGGCCGACCGCGCCUCGGGGCGGCGAGAAGCACCUGGUGGCACCGGGGGACACGAUCACCACGGACACGGGCUACAUGAGGGGCCACGGCACCUACGUGGAGGAGGAGAAGCUCAUCGCCUCGGUGGCCGGCGCCGUGGAGCGUGUCAACAAGCUGGUGUGCGUCAGGGCGCUGAAGGCCCGGUACAACGGCGAAGUCGGCGACAUCGUGGUCGGGAGGAUUACGGAGGUUCAGCAGAAGCGGUGGAAGGUGGAAACGAAUUCCAGGCUAGAUUCGGUCCUGCUGCUGUCGUCUGUGAAUUUGCCUGGCGGGGAACUGAGGAGGAGAUCAGCAGAAGAUGAGCUUGCGAUGAGGGACUACCUGCAGGAAGGGGACCUCAUCAGUGCAGAGGUCCAGUCUGUAUUUUCUGAUGGCGCUGUAUCACUGCACACCCGCAGUCUGAAAUAUGGGAAGUCAUGGUCUCCUCUUCAGCUUGCCCAGGGUGUGCUCGUUCAGGUCUCACCCUCCCUUGUGAAACGCCAGAAGACUCACUUCCAUGACUUGCCCUGUGGUGCAUCUGUGAUCCUUGGCAACAAUGGUUUCAUCUGGAUCCACCCAACGCUGGAGCAUAAAGAUGAGGAGGCAGGGGGCUUCACCACCAACUUGGAGCCAGUUCCCUUGUCUGACCGGGAGGUGAUCUCAAGGCUCCGAAACUGCAUCGUGGCUCUAGUUAAUCAGAAACUGAUGCUCUUUGACACCAGCAUCCUGUAUUGCUAUGAAGCAUCCCUUCCUCAUCAGAUCAAGGACAUUCUCAAACCAGAGGUGGAGGAGGAGAUCGUUCUGGAAACCCGACAGAGGCUGCUGGAUCUGGAGGGAUAGGGCACCUGGCCAGAAGCAGUCAUUUGAAGUCUCAACAUGGCAGCUCUUGAUUCUCAGUAUUUUUUUUUUCCAGUGUUCUAGUCCCCAACAUUCAUUCCACACUUCAGAAACCAUGAAGAUUCCUCAUUUAACUCCUAGGAUACCUCCUGAGCCCUUUUCGUACAAUAGUACUUAAGUACAAUAGGCUUUUAGUGCAGCAGCCUGAAAAAUUGAUAUCUGACCUUUAUGAAGAUGCAGCUGCAACUGGGACAUACCUGAUAGCACUCGUUGCUGUGUCUUGUGCCCCUGAACUUCAUGCAGAAUGAUAGAGAGGAAGGAACAUGCUUUGUUAUGUUUCUCUCUUCCGCCCCGCCCCCGCCCCCCCCCCCCCCCCAAAGGCUCUCUAAAUGGGUUUGAUUUCCCUUUACCAUGAUACAGAUCUGUCACUGUCCUCUCACGGAGAGCUCGUUUUUAAGACUGCAGAUCACAGGUAUGAGUCUUUAGAGAACAGGAGUACCCACACCCUUGGCUAACCAUGUUUUGGGUCAGGCUGUUUGUGGCUUAAUGUCUCAAGGGUAUGAGAUGGUGUGUGGCAUGAUGUGGCUGUCCACAUGUGCCGGGAGCCAUGGGCAAGCAGUGUCUUACUAGUCUGUGCAUCCUGCUGGUAGCUUUUUUUAUGCCUGAUGUGGUGAGCUCUUCCUCUGAGGAGGCUCCAAUAUUUUAUAUGAAAUACUGUACAUUUCAAUAAAUUUUUUGAAAGAGA